AUGAGCACGAGGAGAGCGGGCGCGCGUGCUCAGUGUGAAUAUGCGGGAAGGAGAGCGGGCGCGGAUGCUCAGACGGCAGUGGGGGUUGCGCAGGCGCAGUGCCGGCGGAGUGUGUGUUUUUUUUCACCUUCUCCCGGGGACGGUCUGCGGCUCGAGCUCAAAGUUGAGAACAUGGCGGCGGAGGAGCGACGGACCGGCUCCGGGUUCCGAGGGAGGCUGGUGGCGGUCGCUGCCGGCUCUGGGAGUUUCCUGACGUGGGGCGUCAUGUUGGUGCUGUGUGUGUCGGUGUGCGGGUGGCCCGGAGCCCAGGGCAAGGAAUGUGAGAAGCGGUGUGUCCACGGGAACUGCAGCGCAGCGGGCGGUCAGUGCGUGUGUCAAGCCGGCUGGGUCGGGGAGCUGUGUCAGCACUGCGGCGGCAGGUUCAAAGUAUCUUGAAAAGCAAGAGAUGACUUUGAGUGGAAAAUUUGUGGAGCAGUUAUCUGGAAGUUUACGCCGAGAGAGAAUAGAGGAAUAACAUGAAUGUGAAUGUGGUCACUGUAUAAAUGCUCAGGAAAGGGCAUUGAUUUGUUUUGCUGACUUGAGCCUUGAGUACUAUUAGUUGUGUGAAUUGUUCAUUUGUGAGAUGAUUACCAUGAUUUCGACAAGAAUGUGGUGUGGAGAUGGGAACAAGUCGAUAACAUUUCAGUUAAUCCUGGGAGUAAGAGGUUCCAGGAUGGUUAAUUUCAAUCUUUAAAUCUUUUAGAAGUGUAAUCCCCAUCACUAAAUUUGAUUUAAUCCUUCAAAACUGUAGUCCUGCUCCUUCACCUCAAUUAGUAGUUCACAAAAAAAAAAUCCUUUUGUCAAAAUCCCAUUACAGCUUCUACAGUGGAAUGUCAAGAUUAGAUUUGAAAGGAAUAAUACUGAAGAGAAAAUUUGUGAGCAUCCCUUGGUCAUUUGGCAGUUAUUGGAUAAAAAGUUGAGAUUUUUAUUCAAACCUGCUCUUCUUUUCAGAGAAAAAAAUAAUAAAGGAUUAACACCUUGAGCAGCUAGGGAUGGAGAAUAAAUGCCGGUAAUAGUGAUGUCCAUGUCCCACAAGUGAAUGAAAAGUAUUCUAUUUAUGACACCACAAGCUCCAGCAGACCCAGACACACAAAUAGCAAGUGGAACAAAACAUCAGCGCUUCAUCAGAGACUCACUGAUGAUGUUAGUGGAAUGGUGACGAAACAUCUACCAUCAAACUUACCAGCUCAGUGAGCAAGUCAACAGCCUCGUUCCUUUUCUGGUUUCUGAAAACAAUACCAAAACUAUACUAAAUGACACAGCAAGGCAUCCAUCCAUCAUGUAGAGAUAGAGCAAUAAAUAGUAGCCUUGCCAGGAACACUGACAUCAUUCACUCUUCGGGUGAUUAUUGUGAGCAAGAGCACUGCUGCUCAUCCCUAUCACACUUGAGAAUGUGACAAUAUGCUGUCUUCUUGGCUUAUGCAGUCCACGUAGUGCAAGUGGUGUUCGGAAAGUAAUUCUAGACUUUCAUCAAACAACAGUGAAGUCAUAUUAGUGUGACUUUGAGGGGAUCUUGCAGGUGCUGGCAUUCCUAUAUAUGUAAUCCCUGUUGUUUUAUGUUGUCCAGUUUUGUGGAUUUGGAAGGUGACUUGGUGAGUUGCUGCAGUGCAUUGUGUUGGUGGAGGGUGUUGCUGCAUUCGCUUGUCAGUUUUUGAAUGUCAUUGGGAAAAGGUUGAAAUCUCAUAAAGAUAUCCUUCAUAAACUUCUCAGAGUUAGAAGUCAAAGUCAUCAUGUUUCUUUGAAAGAGAAAUAUUGUUUGACAAAUUUAUUGAAGUAUUUUGAGGAUGUAACUCGUUGAGUAAAUCAAGGGAAAACGGUAGAUUGUAGUGAACUUGCAUUCCCAAGUGGCAUUCAAUAAGGUAUCACAAGUUAUAUGGAAGGUAAGGUGUCUUGGACGUAUGUUGAUAUGUUAGUUAACGUGAAUAGCAGGCACUGGAAACAGACAGGAAGUGAAGAGUAGGAAUAACAAGAUUUCUGGGCAGUAGUCAACCAUUCCAAAUUCAAUCAGCAAUGGCAGAUAAUCAGGAAAUUUUCAAAUUGUCAGGCUGUAGCUGGUAGAGAACUCCAGGAAUCUGCUUGUGCCUCAGCUAUUUGUAAUCUACUUUAAUGAAUGACUUUAAUGAAGAGACAAAUAUUUUAACUUUCUGCUGAUGCAAAGCUAGACAGAUGUAAGCUGUGAAGUGAACUGCACAGAAAAAGAGAGAAGCUAAGCAAAUGGACCACUAGAUGAAUUAUGGUAUGUAUUGUGGACCUUCAUUGUAAGAAUUGAAGAGCAAAACAGUUUUAAAAAGCUAUAUGCCUGAAACUGAUUCUGGAUUUAUGUUUGCCAAAGCUAUGUGAACAUAAUCAAACAACUGAAAGGUGGCCUUGCUGAAAAGUCAAUAAACCUUACCAGGAUUUCCCUCACACUGUGGAAUCCAACCACUUAUUGCCACCAUCUGUUGCCACAACCACACAAAAGAUAUGGUGCAUUAGAAGUUGAAGGGCUUGCAGGAGGAAAUAGAGUACGAGACAGUCGCUCUCAACUUUAUAAAAUUCAUAAACCAGUUUGUAACUAACUGAAAAUUCAAUAAAUAUAACCUGGUAAUGUGUGAACUAUACACUUUUUAUUUUUACUAUGUAAACUAUGUGUUCUGCAUUGAAUUGCAAUUAUUUGUACUGAACUGAUCAUAAUUGUGCCCUCCUUUUAUUUCACAAUUUUUUUUAAUGUUAGGUAAUUGUGAUUACUUAUAAAAUUUGUGUUGGCGUUACAAUUUGGCAUCUCUCGUAUUGAUGUUUCUAAUAAACUAAUUGUCUAUCUUA